AUGGCCGGCUUCAUGUUCGUCAAUGGUCGGCAAAACGACCGGUCGACACAGCGGAGGAUGCGGCAACACGUUAUGCAGGGAAAAAACGCGGGCAAGACCCUGCAUCGACCAUCGCGCCAGCUGAAGGCUGUACGGAGGGGAGACACGGCCAAACAAGGGGCGACUGCUACGUCGACGUCGUCGUCAUGCUCCAGCUCUUCGCUCUUUAGCCUUACAGAACCACUGGACAUCUUGAAACGGCUGCCGCCGGUCACGGCAUUCUAUGCGGCGAUCGACAGCCCGGUGGCCAUGACGUCGUUUGCCUUGCAAGUGAUUGAUGCUUCAUCGCUAACGCGCUGCUCGGGCGAUGCUCGGGCGCUGCGCUUAGACUUCAACGGCACCGUCGAACGCGUCUACGCACACAGCUUCGGCGUCACCUCCGCCUCGGCCAAGCCGCUCUGGUUCCAGUUCAUCUUUGCCGACGAGGCCGCCUACCACUGCACGCUGGCGCUCAUGCAGGCCAGCAACGAGGUGGUCUUGGGAUCGGCGACGGGCUGUGUGGUGGCCAGCAGCAGCGGCGCCAGCGGCGACAGCGCCGCCAGCGGCGACAGAAGCGUCGCCACGUAUGGGCACUACGUGGCCGAAUCGCUGAGACAACUCAAGACGAGACUGGACGGCCCAGAUGCCCUGGCCAACUCGACCAUUCAGCUCGUGCUCAUGUUCAUCUCGCAAGAGCAGAUGCGGCACGCGUCACGGAACGCGCGCGUCCACUUGGCCGGUCUCGCGCAAAUGGUGGCCCUGCGCGGCGGCCUGGCGGCAUUUGAGACGCGGCCCGCGGACCGGCCGCUGCUGCUCAAAAUCUGCAAGAUUGAUAUUGUGUACGCCCUGCAGUUUGGCGCGCCGCCGCUCUUUUACCGAGACGUUCUGGCGAGCGUGGUGGACCAGCUGGACAUUGGGGGCCGGUGCGUGCGGGCCGCCAGAGACACGGCUGUCACGCACCACGCCGGUCUGGCCCUCCAGCAGCCCGGCCUCUACGCCCUGCUGUGCGACGUCUUGGCCGUGUCCCUCUUGUUUGAAAAGGAGCUGCCGCGGCGGCCCAUUGACGUCUUUACCUUUGGCGACAUCUUUUCGUCGCUGUGCUACCGGCUGCUGCGGAUGGGACGCGAGACGUUUCGAGCAGAUUCGACAGGCGACCUCUACCACCUGGGCAUGACCAUGUUUGCCAUGGCCCUGUUUCUCCGGUUUGACCAGCGACGGCUGCUGGGCUACCAGCUGAUUGGGAAGAGGUUUCGAGCGGUUGUGGAGGACGACCCAGGCGAGAGCAGGAGAAGCGAGCGCAGCGAGGACCCUGACGACAUAAGAAACGACGAAAUUUGCUUCUGGGUCGUAAUGAUGGGCGGAAUGUGGACACAAGGAAAUUGGUCCAAGGAAGACUGCCCUGGGCGGACACAAAAGGCACGCAAGGUACGAAAGUUGGCCGACCGGCUGGGAAUCGCAACCUGGGAGAAUGCACGGACUGUCCUGGAUAAGUAUCCGUGCUUGACAGUGCUUCACAGCCAACCAGGGCUGGAGUUGUGGGAGGCGUCGAGGGAGGCAGUGUAA